AUGUUCAGCCUGGACGGCUACGGCACGCUCGGGGACAGCUGCUCCUCGCACGGCGAGGACCUCUGGCUGGACGACGACGACAGCAGCCACAGCGAGGACGCCUUCAGCGACCAGGAGAACCGGCGCGGGCGCGGCAGCAGCGGCGGCCGUCGGCGCAGCUCGUCGCAGCAGGCGUCGCAGCGUCAGGCCGCCAACCUGCGCGAGCGGCGCCGCAUGCAGAGCAUCAACUCGGCCUUCGAGGGGCUGCGCGCGCACAUCCCCACGCUGCCCUACGAGAAGCGCCUCUCCAAGGUGGACACGCUCAAGCUGGCCAUCGGCUACAUCGGCUUCCUCGGCGACCUGGUGCGCGAGCGGGACCGCGCCGCCGGCCAGGGCGUCGCCAGGGUGGGCAAGGGCUCCAAGCCGUCGCCGCCGCCGCAGCCGAAGGUCAUCCUCAGGACCAGCCACGGCUCAGUGCACACGGCGCACUCGCUGUCGUGGUCCACGGACAAGAAGACGUGCACCAACGGGGUCAUGUACGCCAAGGUGUGGACGCCGCAGGACCCGCGCGCGGCCGGCAACCCGUGCGGCACCGAGUCGCCGUCGGGGCCGCACAUGCAGCACGACCAGGGCCCCUACGGCAUGGACUAG